UAACCAAAUUUAAAUGGCGCCAAAUUUAAGAAGUGAAAGUAGUAAAAUAUUUAUAAGUUUACAGUAAUACCGGUUCAGUAAUGUGACUACUUCUGAGUCAGUGGUCAUGGAUGACUUUGACGACGAUGUCGAUGAUUUAUUAAUGUCUGUUCCGCUAACAGAAACAAGAACAUGUACUGAUGAGUUGAAAAUAUCAAAUUCUACAGAGAGACAACAUGAAAGUUCCUACAAAAAAGUUCAAACCAAUUUCUCUACUAUUGCAGCUUGCGGGUCAACUAAAAGCCAAACAGCAGUAUCAACUUCUGAAGGCAAAGUAAAUGUUCCUUCAAAAUUUCCCUUUCCAUUUGAACCAUAUGAUAUCCAGGAAGAUUUUAUGUCUAGACUUUAUGAAUGUAUUGAAUUGGGGAAAAUUGGAAUCUUUGAAAGUCCUACAGGAACAGGCAAAUCUCUCAGUUUAAUAUGUGGUGCAUUAAAAUGGCUGAGAGAUUUUCAAGAAAAACAGAAAGCAGAAUUAAAAAGACUUGAGGAAUUAGAAAUGAAAAUAACAGCCAAGAAAACUGAUGGGGAUGAGUUUGAUUGGAUUUCUGAAUUUAAACACAAAAAAGAAAAAGAAGAGGACCUGAAAAAAGUAAUAGAAGAGCAAGAGGUUUUAAGAAAACAUGAAUUAAAAGUUAAGGAUCUGAAGUCUGAUUUAAAAGCAAAGGUUAUUAAAAGAAAACGAACUAUUUUAGAGGACGAAUUUGACAGUUUGAUCAAAACUGCAUCAAAAGAUAUACAAAUAGCCUACCAAAAAGAAGUUGAUGAAACCGAGAACCAGUCUUAUAAAUUAACUGAGGGGUGUAAUGAUGAAGAACUGAUUGUUGAUUAUGAUAGUGACAGAGAAAACGAUUUGGAAGAUAACAGUGUUGAUGAACCAGAAGAGCAUGUAACUAAAAUAUAUUUCUGCAGUAGGACUCAUUCACAGCUAUCACAGUUUGUAAGGGAGGUAAUAAAAAGUCCAUAUGGGGAUGACAUUAGAGUUGUUUCCCUUGGGUCAAGACAAAAUUUAUGUAUCAACCCAGCUGUAACACGAUUGAAGGCUUUAAGUAUGAUGAAUGAAGUGUGUUUAGACCUACAGAAAAAAAAAUCCACACCACGAGAACCUUCAGGAGAAGCUGCUGCCAAAAAGAAGAAAAAGGGAGGAGUAUCAUGUCCAUACUACAGACAGGAACCAAUGUCUGAUUUUAAAAACAAACUUUUACUGGAGGCCAUGGAUAUGGAACAAAUAGUUACAGCAGGAAAGCAAGCAAAAGCCUGUCCAUACUAUAGUACAAGAUAUGCUAUACCUUUAGCUGAGUUAGUGGUGUUACCUUACAAUACCUUACUACAUAAAUCUACCAGGGAAGCAUGUGGUAUUAAACUGGACGGAAACAUUGUCAUUAUAGACGAAGCUCACAACCUUCUAGAAACUAUUAAUAAUAUUCACAGUGUAGAGGUCACAGGGUCACAAUUACUAAGAGCAUUUUCUCAACUUACCCAGUAUGAAAACAGGUAUCGAUCCAGACUGAAAGCAAAGAACUUACUGUAUAUAAAGCAGAUAUUAUAUAUUCUGUCCUGUCUUGUGAAGUGUAUUGAUGGUAAAACUGGUAUUCCUGGUGAACAACAAACUACAAAAACUGUUGAAACAAAAUUAAUAACAGUGAAUACAUUCCUAGAUCACAGUCAACUUGACAAUAUGAACUUGUUUAAAAUCCUUGUUUAUUGUAAGGUUAGCAUGAUUUCUAAAAAGUUGAAUGGCUUUGCUGAAAAGUACCAAGACAAUGAAAUACCAAUAAAGAAAGAAGAGAAAAAAUCGGGAGUGAGCAAUUUUUUAAAGGAGAUCACUCAAGUGGAACAGAAACCAUCUGAUGUACCUUUAAAUUUACCAAAACAACAGGAAGAAACUGUUCUGAGGUCGCCCUUAAUGCAUAUUGAAGGGUUCCUGGAUGCUUUGACCAAUGCAGAUAAAGAUGGAAGGAUUGUUGUUAAUAAGCAGCCAUUGGUUAGUCAGUCUAGUAUGAAAUUCUUGCUGUUAAAUCCUGCUGUACAUUUUACUGACAUUGUAAAGAAUGUUAAAUCUGUAAUAGUAGCAGGUGGUACAAUGCAACCUAUUGAGGAAUUUAAACAUCAACUGUUCCAUUCUGCUGGAGUUACUCCCUCCAGAAUAAUGGAAUAUUCCUGUGGUCAUGUAAUUCCUGAAGAAAAUUUGAAAGCUUUUUCUGUAGAAGCUGGACCAUCAGGAAUGCCACUAGACUUUACCUUUCAAUCAAGGGAAAACCCCAAACUUCUGACAGAGCUUGGGAAUGCUUUGGUAAAUGCUUGUCAGAUUGUGCCUGGUGGUAUUGUCUGCUUCUUUCCAUCAUAUGAUUAUCAACGUCUUGUUUACACUCAUUGGGAAAGAUCAGGAACUCUUAUACAGAUUGGAAAAAAGAAGAGAAUAUUUCAAGAACCCAAGCGAGCAGGGUUUGUAGAUAAAGUCUUGGAUGAAUAUACAAAAUGUGUACAGAAAAAUGUCUUGUCUUCUGCUGGAAGUCAGACGGGCGCCAUUCUGUUUUGUGUUGUUGGAGGGAAAAUGAGUGAGGGUAUAAAUUUCUCAGACGAUCUUGGUCGAAUGAUCAUUAUGGUUGGACUGCCCUAUCCAAACAUUAAAUCUCCUGAACUCCAAGAAAAAAUGUCCUAUUUAAAUGCAAACUAUGAACGCGAUUCUCUAGGUAGACAACCAGGCCAAGUUCACUAUGAGAAUAUCUGCAUGAAAGCUGUCAACCAAUCUAUUGGAAGAGCUAUACGCCACAAAGGAGACUACGCAGUUAUUUGGUUGCUUGAUAAACGUUACAGCCGAGGAAAUGUAUCAUCAAAGUUACCAGAUUGGAUUAGUAAAUGUUUAUUUAAAGCAGAGAAAUAUGGACAGGUAGUUAGCAGUGUAUCCAGAUUUUUUGCAAAACAUAAAGUUUAAUAAAGUUUUACCUUACA